AUGUCAUCCGCAAGCCUGGCCAGGAAGGUCGCCGUCAUUACGGGUACAAACUCAAACCUUGGUAUCAACAUUGCCUACAGACUUCUUGAAGAAGUGCCUUCCGAUGAAAGACUCACUAUUGUGGUCACAUCAAGAUCUCUUCCAAGAGCUAAUGAAGUCAUCGCCAAAAUUGCAGAGUAUAACGCAAAUGUGACCAAGAGAGAAUCAAUUCUAGAUUUUGACUAUCUCCUCAUAGAUUUUUCUAAUAUGGUAUCUGUCCUAAAUGCGUACUAUGAACUCACAAAAAGAUAUACUGAAAUUAAUUACUUUUACGUCAAUGCUGCCCAAGGGGUCUAUGCCGGAAUUAAUUGGCUCCAAGCGACAAAAGAUGUUCUCAUAAAUCCCCUCGAAGCUGUAACUAAUCCAACAUAUAAAAUUCAAAGGGUUGGUGUUAAGUCAAAGGAUGGCAUGGGUUUGGUGUUCCAAGCCAACGUAUUUGGUCCUUAUUACCUCCUCCAUAAAAUUAAGCCGUUAUUAUCAAAUGGCAAGGCAAGAGUAAUUUGGAUUUCCAGCAUCAUGUCCGAUCCAAAGUAUUUAUCCUUUAAUGACUUACAAUUCCUCAAGUCUGAUUCAGUUUACGAAAGCUCAAAAAGACUGAUCGAUUUACUUCAUGUGGCCACAUAUGAAAAUUUGAGAAAUCAGAACAUCACCCAGUAUUUGGUACACCCAGGAAUCUUCACUAGCUUUUCAUUCUUCGAAUAUUUAAAUGUCUUCAGUUAUUACGGGAUGUUAUUUUUAUUCUACUUUGCCAGACUUUUGGGAUCACCAUGGCACAAUAUUGCUGGAUAUAAAGGAGCAAAUUCCGUCAUUUUUGCCAGUUUAAAAGCCAAUCCUGAGGAAGGAGAUACUCAAAAGUUAAAAUACGGUAGUGCCACAAGAAUGAAUGGUGACGAAUACAUAAAGGCAACAUCCAUCUCGGAUCCAUCCGGCGCCGCUGAUGUUUUGAAAUAUUUGAACGAAUUGACUGCUGAAUGGGAUGAGAAACUUAAGGAUCAAAUAUUAGAAACUAGAAAGUUUUAA